AUGAUAGAGUUAAGCUAAAUUUUCCUUUCUUUUGAUAAUUUAUUAUAUUUACUUCUUUGCAAGUAUUAUUGACAGCUCGACUAAAAUACUUGCGUAGUGAGCACUUCCUAUUAUAGUAGAAAGUACAGUGAUGUUAUUAUUCGCGCUAUCUCGUGGAGAUUUAAUGAGUUAAAGUUUCGUAAUAAGAAACUCUAAGAAAAAAUUAUUUACAUUUUUGUAUUAUUCUUUUUGUGAAAUAUAAUUUUUACAAUUUUUAAAAAAGUUCGAUUGUAUUCGAUUAUGUGAUAUUAGCUAAGUUGUAUAAAUUUAUUAAAAACCAUAGAAUCGAGCGUAUAUUUUUUGAGUAGAUUUUCAUCUUACGUAGGUUAGUUUUGUAACAAUAAGUAGGAGAACUGAAUCUCAUGAAUCCGUGUGUAUGUCAGUGUAUUAUACGUGAUAAGUAAUUUAACCAAAGCUUUUCGAGGAACGAAUUUCAAGAUUAUUUAUCAGUUGCUUUACGUUAUUGUACAAAAUGGCAGGACAACAUUAUUUGAGUGAUACAAAGAAUCCAUUUUUUGAGUUAGAAGAUGAUGUAGACGACGAAACAUUUUUAAAAAGUGCACCAAGGGCAUCUGGCUCAUCGUAUAAUUAUGCUAAUAAUUUUGACAAUGAACUUGAAGUUAAACGUCAACAGUUAAUGCAACGUAGAAGAGAAAUAGAAGAGCGUACUAUUCAUUCAUCAGAGCGAUCUAUUUCUCUUUUAAGAGACUCUGAACAGAUUGGUGCAGCUACAGCAGAGGAAUUAAUUAGACAAAGAGAGCAAUUAGAAAGGACAGAAAAGAGGUUGGAUGAUAUUAACAGUACAUUGAGAUUUAGUCAAAAACAUAUUCAAGGUAUAAAGAGUGUUUUUGGUAGUUUAAAAAAUUACCUCAGUGGAAAAUCGCUUGACACACCUGUACCGUCUACUAAACUACCAGAAUCUACGAGUUUUGGAUCUACAUCAUCGCCAACUUUAUCUAAUUCCUUAGAUCAAGUGCAAACUAAUAUGGUUAAUAAUCAUCCAUCGUUUAAACUUCAAGGUCUUGUAGAUGACGAUGAAGAUCGAAAAACAAAUACAUCUACAAAUAAUAUAACAAAAGUUUUAGAAAAAAAUUUAGAUGAAAUGAGUGGAUCUCUAGCACGAUUAAAAGGUUUAGCAAUCGGACUUUCAGAAGAGAUUGAGUCACAAAAUGAUUUAAUUGACAAUGUAAGAGAUAAGGUGGAAAUAACAGAUAUUACAUUACAAAAACAGAAUAAAGAUCUUACAUAUUUACUAAAAAAGUAAAUGUUAACAAAGAAUAUUUAUUAACUCCUCCAGGAGUAUACAUAUACAUAGAUAUGGAACAUGAUAUGGAACAUGAUUUAAUAUAUUUGUUCUUGAUAUGUGCAUAUAUACAGAAAUUUAAACAUGAGAAGUGUAGUAGAUGUAGUGUUUAUAAUAUAAAUUUGCUUUUUAAGAUUUAUGAGACAAUUGAACUAUGUAAAAAUAAUGUGUAAGAGAAUCGUGUAAUGUUUUUUUACAAUACUACAUAAAAGUAAAUUAUGAAAUUAAGGUUUCUACAAUGUUUGAUUUUUCUCAAGUGUUCUUCAAAAAAUCGAAUUUUGAAAUACUCAGAAUAUUUCUAAAUUAUAUAAGAAAAUGUUAAAACAUUUAUUAAUAUUUAAAUAAAAAAAUUAAAAGAUACGAUAAAAUCAUGUUAAUUUUAAUUGCAAUAUAGUAAAAAAAUUGUUAUUUUACAA